CACCGUUAGUCAGUUGCGCGGCCGUUGUUCGUGGCGGGGAUCUAGUGGCGCAGGCAUUGAGGAUCGCCAUCUGAGACCGACUAGUGAGCCGCACGUUGGACAGCAACAACCGGACAUGAGGCUGGAAUGGCCCUGGAUUCACUGCUGACUCCCUAGAUUCGUGAACCUGGGCGUCUUCGAGUCGUCUUUUGGACUUCUUCAAACUACCUACGAAGCAGUAUAGCCAUCGCCGUAAGAGGAUCUGCUUUUCCAGGGAACUAAGUAUUUAUUAUUAUACACGAAUUUCUCCUUUUGGCUUAACUGGCCCGACCCACCGCCGUAUGUCCUGGACAUGUCAACGACUGCUACCACCACCACCAAAACGACCCUCGUUGGAGCGCUGCCACCUAUGACUGGCACGGUGGUUGUUGCAUCUGGAGUACAUUGUCCUCACUGCGGCCAGGAUGUUCCUGUCUCGACAGAACAGAUCAACGACGAGGCCCGGCGAAGAAUCCAGGAACUCGAGUCUCAGGUCAAGUUUCUGACGGCUAGGCAAGCGCAGACAGCUGAGAAACUUGCCGAUUACGAAGACGAGAUCAAUAUACUCCGUUCGCAAACGCCAGCGUAUUCGCAGAAGAAUGGUUCGAUAUCAUCUACGUCCUCUGCACCAGCAGCAGUAUUAGGCCCUUCAGUGGCAGGGACAACCUCGACUCUCGCCUCGUCCGCACCGGAAUCCCUUCCGCCGCAACCGCAGACAAGUCGUCUUACUAGCUUCACGUCUUUCCUUCCGUAUCGCAGAAAUAUUGCCACAUCUUCUGGUCCAAGCAGUGCAUCGUCCAACCAUGCACACACCAACUCCGAACUGCAGGAUGCCUUGAGCCGCGAACAGAACCUGCGGAAGGCAGCAGAGUCGAGGCUGUCACAGGCCAACUCGGAGCUUGAAGAACUGACGGCGCAGCUUUUCAGUCAGGCGAAUGAGAUGGUGGCUGAAGAGCGGAAAGCCCGUGCUAAACUGGAAGAACGAGUGGAGAUACUCGAACGGAGAGACGGGGAGAAAAGAAAGAGGCUUGAUAUGUUGGAGAAGGCCAUCGAGCGGGUGGAGAGAGUUCGAGGGCUCGUUGGAAUGAAAUGAGCCAUGAAUAACGGGCUGUGGAUGGAACGGUUGCUGGACACUGUUCGCCGCAUACCGAGAUCUCAUCUGGAUCUCUCAAGACGAGAUCCUUAUUCAUGCAAGAGACGUCUUGGUCCGACCUUACCAUUUCGCGUUGAUUUCAUUUUAUUGUGUCUAUGGACGUGCAUUUUACGACCGGAUGGAUCUUCAGGCGCAUGGUUUGCAUAAUUCCAAUUGCAUUGCUGAGAGCAGGGAUGGCGUCUGAGAUGCUUGGUAUUUAAUCAUUUGGCGGCACGAUAUUGGCUUUUCGGGAUUGACUGGAUAUCGUGAUACUGAGUUGAAGUUCCUCUGUGGAUUUCAGCCUUGUCUUUUUCUUGUCCGUCUUUUAUCUUUUU